AUGCCUCAAAAAGAAUACUAUAACCGGGCCACGUGGGAGUCUGGCGUAGCCUCCAUGAUGCAAAACAAGGUGUAUGACAUCUGUAACGAAGGUCAUAGUGGAGUGAACCAGCUCGGCGGUGUAUUCGUCAACGGCAGACCGCUGCCCGACUCAACUAGACAGAAAAUAGUUGAGCUUGCGCACAGCGGUGCAAGACCGUGCGACAUAUCUCGGAUUCUGCAGACCGAUGCUGAUGCAAAGGUCCAAGUGCUGGACAAUGAAAACGUAUCCAACGGGUGCGUGAGUAAAAUCUUGGGCAGAUACUAUGAAACAGGCUCCAUUAGACCAAGAGCAAUCGGUGGAAGUAAGCCAAGAGUAGCUACUCCCGAAGUGGUCAGCAAAAUUGCCCAAUACAAGAGGGAGUGCCCCUCAAUCUUCGCGUGGGAAAUUCGAGACAGACUGCUAUCGGAAGGGGUCUGCACAAAUGAUAAUAUACCCAGUGUGUCAUCGAUAAACAGAGUACUGCGCAACCUGGCUAGCGAAAAGCAACAGAUGGGCGCAGAUGGCAUGUAUGAGAAGCUGAGAAUGCUGAACGGUCAGACGGGCACAUGGGGGACCCGGCCGGGCUGGUACCCCGGCACCGCCGUGCCAGGACAGCCCAACCAAGAGGGCUGCCAGCAGUCAGAUGGCGGUGGGGAAAACACUAACUCUAUAAGUUCAAACGGUGAAGACUCUGAUGAGGCCCAAAUGAGACUUCAGUUAAAGAGAAAACUUCAAAGGAAUCGCACGUCAUUCACACAAGAACAGAUAGAAGCACUGGAGAAAGAAUUUGAGAGAACCCAUUAUCCUGACGUUUUUGCACGUGAGAGACUUGCAGCUAAAAUAGACCUGCCCGAGGCCAGAAUACAGGUGUGGUUUUCAAACAGAAGAGCAAAGUGGAGGAGAGAGGAAAAACUCCGAAAUCAAAGAAGACAAGCCAGUAAUUCCUCAAGCCACAUACCGAUCAGUAGCAGUUUCAGUACAAGUGUUUAUCAGCCAAUUCCACAGCCUACAACGCCAGUAUCGUUCACAUCAGGAUCCAUGCUGGGAAGAUCAGACACAGCUCUCACAAACACAUAUAGUGCUCUGCCCCCGAUGCCAAGCUUCACCAUGGCAAACAACCUGCCUAUGCAAGCCCCGGUGCCCAGCCAGACCUCGUCCUAUUCCUGCAUGCUGCCCACCAGUCCCUCAGUAAAUGGGCGGAGCUAUGACACAUACACGCCACCUCAUAUGCAGGCACACAUGAACAGCCAAUCAAUGGCCACCUCAGGCGCAACAUCAACAGGUCUAAUCUCUCCCGGAGUUUCUGUACCAGUCCAAGUGCCAGGCAGUGAACCAGACAUGUCUCAGUACUGGCCAAGGCUACAGUGA